AUGUUAGAUUCUGACCAAGAGUGGAGCUCUCAGGUGUUGUUUUCGGACUCAUGCAUCGUGAACGAGCUGCCCGUGGUCUCUGCAGCACGCCUUGAUGGCAGUUUGACUGCCGCCAGCCCUCCCAGCCCCGACGGUGAACUGCUGUACCCAGAGCUCCAGCUGACCGAGGAGGAACAGAAGCUGCUGUCACAGGAAGGAGUUUCUCUGCCCAACAACCUUCCCCUCACCAAGGCCGAGGAGAGAAUCCUGAAGAGAGUUCGGAGAAAAAUCCGCAACAAGCAGUCGGCUCAGGACAGCCGGCGGAGGAGGAAGGAGUACAUCGAUGGGCUGGAGAGCAGGGCAGCAGCUUGCUCAGCACAGAACAAGGAGCUGCAGAGGACGGUGGAGCAGCUGGAGAAACGAAACAUGUCUCUGCUGGCGCAGCUGCAACAACUUCAGUCUCUGAUCAAACAGACGGUCAGUAAAGGAGCCCAGACCAGCACCUGCUUACUGAUCAUCCUGGUCUCUCUGGGUCUCAUCAUCAUGCCAAGUUUCAGUCCGUUCAGCCGCAGCUCGUCUGCUGACGACGACUACAGACCCACAGGAGUUAUUUCCAGGAACAUCCUCACAGACCCCGCCUCCUCCCAGCCGACAGCAGAGGAUGCAGACGCUCCAGCUGCCGAGUCCGACUCCGCGUCACUGCCCUCUGAACUCAGCCAAUCAGGACCUCCCGAUGGCGCCCCCAUCCUCCAAGAACCAAUAGAAAACCCUGAAAAUCCAGGCAUCGAUGGGACGGCUCAGCAGGCGAGCCAAUCGGGGAACAGCUCAGCUCUUGUUGCCGGGCAGACUGAGCCACUGGCGCUCGGUCUGAGGUCGACGGCGGGGAAAGGACGCCAUGAUCCCGCCAAACCUGCACACGCUGAUGAGAUGUAGACAGACUUAAAGGAUUGGUUUGAUAUUUUGGGAAAUAUGCUUACUUGCUUUUUCGUUGAGAGUUAGAUAAGAAAUUCAAAACCCUCUGUGCGAUAAAUAUGAAGCUAGUGGUUAGCUUAGCUUAGCUUAGCUUAGCACAAAGACUGUAAACGGGGAAACAGCUAGCCUGGCUCUGUCCAAAGAUAACAAAACCCACCUACAAACACUGCUAACAGCGGUUCAGACUACACGACAGUCACUACGUCACAUUAGGCGAUUGUGGAGUCAUAAAAUCUUGCCGUGACUUUGCUGACAGACAUGACACACUACACAUUGGUGCACGACCAAUUAUCCCUGGUCGUCUUUGAGGAUGUGCAUGAUGACAUUGGAUUAUUCUUGUCCUAUUUUUAGUAUUAUUUCACUCACUAUGGCUGUUCAUGUCCCAGACAAAAUGUUACUGUAGUGAAAGAGCCACCAGGUGGGAGGAGCUACAUUUGAAGUGCUGCAUGCAAAGAAAAUCAAAUCUGACAGACUUUCUGCUGGGACGUUGUGAUGCAUCCCAGAGACGGCGUCCAUUGCUGCUGCUAUGACACACCACAAAUUAUCGCGUAUAACAUUCAUUAGCAUUCACGAUCCGAGCCAACACCGUACAACGCUGCGAAUUUGGCUAAUACCGUGUAGUAUGAGCUCGUUGUAAAGCUCAGUGGUUCAUAUGUUAAAAACCUAAAGUAUGACAUUGCCAAGUUGUGGUUUUACAGCGGGUUUUGAGCCGGCUAACAGUUUCCCCCUGUUUCCAUUCUUUGUGCUAAGCUACGCUAACUGUCUGCUGGCUGUAGCUUCAUAUUUACUUCGCUUACCAUACAGUCACGUGAGUAGCAAACAUCCUCUCAUGUAACUCUUGGAAGGAGAGGAAAGAGGCGUAUUUCCUAAAAUGUUAAACUGAACCUUUAAACAUUUUCAAGCUGAACAUCAGCCUGGCUUUUAUUCUUGCGGCCGCUCUGACUAUGUGUCCUGCUAACUUUGCACUCAGCACCUUCAUCCUAGAGAUUCGAGAGAGACAGACUCAAGUAACAAAAGUGAAAAGUGGAGAAGCAGCACAAACUUUUUUUGCCAGCUAACCAAACCAUCUCACAGCUUUUGUCUUAACAGUCACGUUACAUUACGGACGACAGUCACAGAGUUUCUGCCUUUAAGUGGAAUCCAGACUGGAGUCUACCUCUGCAUGGACUCCAGAUGCGCUGUUCAGAGCAGGAGGCGUCUUUGAGUCACCGGCAAGGAGGUUAAAAAGAGGAGAUGGCAUCUUAUCAUCGGGGUACGACACACGCGGGAUCUGUGGAUUCACACGUGAGAACAGUUUGUUUUUGGACGGUUGUGAUGGAACUCCAGGAUCCUGUUCAGCUCACAGCUCACCUGAGAUGGAUCCAGUGUUAAGUCAUCCAAGUAAUGAAAUGCCAGUGGUACUUUGAAACGUAAAGAUCCAGUGUGUCCAAUAUUUUCUUCAGUGUAUAAUCAAAAGUAAGAAUUGUUGUGUUUUUAUUACCUUAGAAUGAGACGUUUACAGAGCAGGUCCUCGUCCACAGUCUGCCAUGUUUCUACAGUAGCCCAGAACAGACGCAUCAAACACUGGCUCUAGUUGGGGCCAUUCAGGUUUUCACGUCAGCAACCGUAGUUCUCCGACACGCUUGGCACACCGAAGAAGUUUCAGCUCUGCAACCUCACCACUAGAUGCCACUAAAUCCUCCACACUGGACCUUUAAUUGAUGAAAUAGAAAGAUCAUUAGUAAUGAAAUUCAUUAUUAGUUUCAGCCUUGAUCGCUCAUGAAAUCCUAAACACUGUCUGUGUUUGAUUUGAGCUGUUCCUGUUGGUUCGCUCACAAGUCGUUCGUACAGAUGAAUGUUGAUAUAACAGGGCCGGUGGCAGGUUUGAAUUAUAUCCAUGAUAAUAACUUAGUUUUUGCUUUUAAAGGGGUUUUUUUUUUCAGACAGAUUCUGGAUGUUUUUAAGGGCCUGUUGACUCUGGUGUAACAUUGAAUCCAGGGUUGUGCCAUAACCCCAAACUUCCUUCUGUUCUUCAGCCUUUGUGGCCUUUUAACCCGCUGAAAUGACGCAUAUCGCCACCUAGUGUUGAGGAGGAGGACACGUUCCCGUCAGUAAUUCGAUUUUCUCAGUUGCAUGUAAACUGGGACAAGGACAGAAGUCCGAUUAGACGCCAAAAUCGAACUUUGAGCAUAGCUCGAUUAAGCUGUGCAUGUAAACGUACUGACUGUAACGUAGCUUUAUUUUACCCAGAGAAGGUUGGCUGAGCUUGUUUUCACAUUAAUAUACAGCAGUUUAUUCAGUUAGGGGUUACGUGCCUUGUUCCAGGGUGCUGAUGCCCCUUAUCCACCAACACAGAUGGUUUCUGUUCCAGUUUCCACGUCUAAUUUUGAACUGUUCAGAGCAUUUCAGCCAGAAAUAAAAUAUUUAGAGCCAAAAUGUUCGUUCUCAGGUAGAACCAAAAAAUAGCAGAUUUUCCUUGACCUGACGUGUGAACCGUGACACAUUCUCACUCCGACCUCGUCACAUAUCGACAAUUGCUCACCCACUUUCUGCCUUGAGAUAGGACGUCCAAGGUACUCUGGGUGUGUUAGUUGUUGAUGUUCUGGGACGCUGUGUCAACCUCAGCCUGUUACAUUUGUAGUGGUUUAUAAUGCAUAUCAUACAUUUAUUUAUAUAAGCGCAACUUACAGUCCUUUGGGAAGUGAACUCUGGCAUCCCAGGGGAAAGUCGGUGGUUAUUGGAUCCAUCCACCCUACGCGGACUUUCACCUGCCUAACUUAAGUUGCUGUCCUGCUGCAUUUCCCCCUGAUAACAGCGACCAGCUGCGUGUCAUGCCAAUGUAAAAGGACAGCUUAUUUUUGUCUGAUGCCAGAAGUCACUGACCAAGUGUCUGUAUUCGAUGACUUCAGUGUGAGACCGGGUUGACCGUGAUGACACCAGCGGGCGUGUCAUAUUUACAGGUUGGAAAGAGAUAGAAUCGUGCACGUAACAGUCCUCUACGUCUUCUAACAGUUGGUCCGUGCUUACUUUUGGAUAUGAACAAACACCUGCAGCUGAUAACAGCUCGCAGGUAAUCGAUGUGAUACGCCAUCUUGCUACAACUGUUUCCUUCUGUUGUUCUGUUGUGCAGCGCCCUCCAUUAAUGAUGCGUCCUUGAUUCCUCGGCUCACCCUGAGGCAUAGGCUGGUCGUCAAGGUAGCAACAAGGUCCCAAGAAUCCCGAACAGCAGCGGUUAAAGAAGCAGAGCUGGUGGAAGAGGGGUGUGAGUGUAGCUCCUAAAACACUCAGAGCAGUUUUGGCAUUUUGUAAAUAAUGUUGGAUAUAUUGAACAACAGUUUUCUUUGUAUGAGGGAUGUUUGAGUCUAAUUAUAACUGUUUUUUUAACAGAUGAAUUAUUGGUUGCUUCUUUUGGGAAACAAGUGGGUGGGAUUAAUUUAUUUAGGGGCUGCUUUAAAAACAGCCUGGACCCAAGAUAAGAUCAGAUAAAACCAUAACUUUAUUAUCUUAUUAAUACCACUGCAGUGGAGUGACACCUCUCUGUCUCACAGCUUUCUUAUGUUUGUCAUUCAUCUGCUAACACACUUUAUUUGUUGUUAUUUCUUUAUUAAUAAAAGGGAAACAAUCAGUGGA